AUUCAAUACUAUCACCAAUAAUAAGCAUGCCAACCUUAACUAAAGCAAAGCCCGGGAAACAGAAACUCGCUCCGGAGAAGGAACGAUUCCUUCAAUGUUGUGGAGACAUUUCUCUUGAACUUGUGGCUUCACUUAAGAAUUCAAAAGAUAUUAAUUUGAAUGGACUUAUCAUUAGAUAUGCUAAGAAGUAUAAACUUAAACAACAACCUCGAUUAACUGAUAUUAUUAGUUCUAUUCCUGAUCAAUAUAAAAAGUACCUUAUUCCCAAACUUAAAGCCAAACCUGUUCGUACAGCUUCAGGAAUUGCUGUAGUUGCAGUUAUGUGUAAACCUCAUAGAUGUCCUCAUAUUGCUUAUACUGGGAAUAUUUGUGUUUAUUGUCCUGGAGGUCCAGAUUCUGAUUUUGAAUAUUCAACUCAAUCAUAUACUGGUUAUGAACCAACAUCUAUGAGAGCCAUUCGUGCAAGAUAUGAUCCCUAUGAACAAGCUAGAGGUAGAAUUGAUCAAUUACGUCAAUUAGGUCAUUCAAUUGAUAAAGUUGAAUAUAUUAUUAUGGGUGGUACAUUUAUGUCAUUACCAAUAGAUUAUAGAGAAGGAUUUAUAACUCAAUUACAUAAUGCCCUUACUGGAUUUAAUGGGAAAGAUAUUGAUGAAGCCAUUAAAUUUUCUCAACAAUCUCAAACUAAAUGUGUAGGUAUAACUAUUGAAACAAGACCUGAUUAUUGUACAGAAACUCAUUUAAGUGAUAUGUUAAAAUAUGGUUGUACUCGUUUAGAAAUUGGAGUUCAAUCAGUAUAUGAAGAUGUAGCAAGAGAUACUAAUAGAGGUCAUACUGUUAAAUCAGUAUGUGAAACAUUUGCUAUAGCAAAAGAUGCUGGUUAUAAAGUUGUAAGUCAUAUGAUGCCUGAUCUUCCAAAUGUUGGAAUGGAAAGAGAUUUAGAACAAUUUAAAGAAUAUUUUGAAAAUCCUGAAUUUAGAACUGAUGGUCUUAAAUUAUAUCCUACAUUAGUUAUUCGUGGUACCGGACUUUAUGAAUUAUGGAAAAAGGGAUUAUAUAAAUCUUAUAAUGCUAAUGCAUUAAUAGAUUUAGUAGCAAGAAUACUUGCACUUGUACCACCUUGGACAAGAAUUUAUAGAGUUCAACGUGAUAUUCCAAUGCCACUUGUAACAUCAGGAGUUGAAAAUGGUAAUUUACGUGAAUUAGCUCUUGCAAGAAUGGAAGAUUUUGGUACAUCAUGUCGUGAUGUAAGAACUAGAGAAGUUGGAAUUCAAGAAGUUCAUAAUAAAGUAGUACCUGAUAAUAUUGAACUUAUUAGACGAGAUUAUUAUGCUAAUGGAGGUUGGGAAACUUUCUUAUCAUAUGAAGAUCCAAAACAAGAUAUUUUAAUUGGAUUAUUAAGAUUAAGAAAAGCUACAAAGAAGUAUACAUAUCGUAAAGAACUUAAACAUCAACCUACAUCUAUUGUAAGAGAAUUACAUGUUUAUGGUUCAGUAGUUCCAUUACAUUCUCGUGAUCCUCGUAAAUUUCAACAUCAAGGUUUUGGAACUUUACUUAUGGAAGAAGCAGCAAGAAUUGCAAAACAAGAACAUGGAUCAGAAAAGAUUAGUGUUAUUUCUGGUGUAGGAGUUAGAAAUUAUUAUGCAAAAUUAGGAUAUGAAUUAGAUGGACCAUAUAUGUCAAAAUGGCUUAAGGAUGAAGAUUAUUUAUAAAAAUAAAUCAAAUCUUUUUAAAUAAGUUAUAGUAUAUAAAAGUUUA